AGAUUUUCCGCCUCAAGAAUGGCUUCAGCUCGGUCAUAGGAGCUGAGAAGAGUUCGUGUGCAGGAUCAGGAUUAGGCGAUUCCGACCGACGGUACUCACAGAUCGUAUCAUAAUGGCGUAACACCCAUUGUCACCAAAAGUUAGAAGCUCAAAUUAGGACAGCGAACUUGUGGACCUUUGUUCUCUUUCGGCAGCCAAAUUUGGAUUCUGCGCAGAGUGGAGCUCGACGGAGUAAAGUAACUGGAAGGGAAGGGGAAGGGAGGGGGAGCCAGCGGACACGACUUCCCGGACUCUGUGGUGCACAUCAGCCUCCCUGUCCAGUCAUUGGGCUCGAUAGGAUAUACUGCAACUCUCACUCCCGCGUCCCUGUGUGGCAUUACCGAACUGCUCGAGGAAUCGGCAAGUCCCGACCUCUUGAAGAUAUGCAGCUGGAAUCUUCGGUAAGAAUUGCAGGGAACCUGUCAUGAGUGAACUCGUGCACCUCUCACCGCGGUUUGCGAACAAUUCCUCGUAGACAUCUCUCGUCCCGUCCGCUGUGAAUGUAGCAGAGAACCACACACACCCGGGGCUGGUCUGGGCUACGGUUCGAGUGACAAUUCCCAGCGGAGCUAGCCGAGGGAGUUGAGGGAGCAAAAUGCAAUCUUUGGCGGGGCUUCCGUGUUCUGCCGCUCUCCUCCGCUCUUCGGUUUGUCCCUCGUGCAGCCGAAUCGGCUCCAGCGCUGCAUCUUCGCGAGCUUCUCAACCUUCUCAAUCUUUCCAAUCGCAUUCCUCCUCCGGCCUCCCCUGCAGGACAUGGAGAAAUCUUCAAUCCGAUGCCCCGAGGAGGACUCGCGCUCGAGCAUCGGGCAAUGACGAGCAGCAAAAUUCGGCCGUGACCACGUCCUCCGAGGACGAGAAGGAGGAAUUGGCCGCGAAGCUGGCAGCGGCCGAGGCCGAGGCCGAGGCUCUGAAGAGGGAGCUGGCGCUGCGGCGAGCGGGGUCCAAGGAUGGCGACCUGGCCAAGCUGAAGCCGGCGACUCCCGAGAAGCGAAUCGACGGGACUGGAUUCAGAGAAACCAUGUUCUCGGUGCCCGGGCAGGACCAGAAGCAGCCGGGCAAGAAGUGGGGGCUCACGGAGGCCGAGCUCUUCCUGUCCAAAGGGGCGCCGACUGAGGGCAUGGGCCUGCAGGGCGAGGCGAUGGCCGAGGGCGCCGAGAAAGUGGUCACCAGGCGCUUGAUCGGCGGAAUCGGGCUCGCCGUCGUCGCCCUGGGCCUGGCCUCCGUGAAGCUCCCGGCCAUUCUCAGCAGGCCAUCGAAGCCGCUCUUCUUCUACCUCACCUACAUUCUGCGGCUCAAGGAGACAUUGGAGACUCUGGAGGCCACGGGCUCUGAUGCCAAGGUCGUGGAGGCGCAGCUGGCGCGAGCCUACGGAUCGUCCGACGAGCUGAAGGACAAUUUCUUGAGCGCGGCCGCGCUUCUGGAAGCGGGCGACGUCGACCGGGGCACGAAGCUCUGCUACGACGUUUUCGAGUUCUUGUUCCAAGCGAAUUCCAGCAAGUACUUCGAUGAUUUCGGCCAGCCCACUCCCGCCCAGCAGGCCGAGUUCCUCAAAUUCAGCCUGCAGUCGAUUCAAGCUGCGCGAUCCAAGAUUCAGGAGUUUUUACGGCUCGUCCCCGCCGAUGCCUUGGACGCUGCCAAAUUACAGCUCUCUCGAUAAAUUUGUACUCUAAUCAUCAUUUUUGUGAAUUAAAAAGCCCCAUUUUCUUCGAGAAUCGAAGAUUCCGCUUUCUCUGAAUUCUUCCGAGUAUCGUCUUUCUUGGAGGCCUGAUUCGGGCUUGAUCUCGUUCCUGAGCCAUGCGUCUCGAGGAAGUCCUGUCCUCUGAGUUAAACGUGUUGUUGCUGUACUCCGUUGCCUUGGCCUCCAUCCGUAGCGACCAUAGAUUGCUUGUUCUUUUCGUUCUGCAAGGAGGAAUGUUAUCCAAUUAUAUCAGUUUCACACUGGGCAAGCAAACUUAUCAGAGUUUUCCGGAAUUUUUUCGGAAUUUUUCUUUCGUUGAGGCAUCCGACUGAAGAGCUUGCCAGAAAAAUUUGCUGUAUCUCUUAUUUUUAAAUUGCCAUUGCACACCAUUGCAGCAUUGCUACUUAUCAACUCUGACCGGCGGACAUUUUCUCCUAAUGAAAAAUGGAGAAUGUUACGUUCAUACCAAUAUACAAUACUAUUCAAGCCAGAUUCUGAGUUCUUCCAGACUCCGGAAGACGUUCUGAUCUCGGCGUCUCUGAGUCUGCUCAGUUGUGUCCAGAAUCUUCAAUACUGGAGGGCUGAAGGUCAAAGUUGUUGCGAAUCACUGCCUCCUGAAUACAGGGCAGCGUCGAUGAUCAGCCACAAGGCUGAGUCGUGAGCCUUUUAAUGGAUUUAGGUACAAUGUCAGGAUAUGAAAAUUAAGACGAUAGAAGGAAUGUAGACCGAAAAAAGAUUUCAAAAGUAAAAUUGAAAUCAAGAAUGUUUAUCACCAUGUUGGCAAGCACAUCUUUUCGGAAAUAAAAUGGGAUAAUACAUUUGGAAAAGUCGCU